AUGAGGAGGAAGAGGGAAGGAGGAGGGAGAAAGAGUGUUGGCAAUGAUAGUGCUGCUGUUGCUGUUACUGGUGGUGAUGAUGAUGGUGAUGUUGAUAACAAAGAAGAAGUAUACAUGUGGAGUGAAUGUACAUCAGAGAUAGUAGCAACAUCUUACGAGUCACCCGAAUCACCACAAGACCUAAGGCAACAGCUACACGAACAGCACCAACAACAACAACUGAACUGUUCCUCAGCAGAUGACAGCACUUUGUUGGAUCCAAGUCCUGUGGCAGAUGCAUUCGCCUACUCACCAUCCAUAUUCGAGUCGUUGUCGAUCGCAGCUGCGAAUCUGAUGGCAAACGGUGGUGCGACAACACCGAACGGAAACUGUACAUCGAACAGUCUAACAACGACAUCAACAACACCAACAUUAACAAAUGCUGCGAACAAUAUUAAUGGUACCAGUAUUGAGGAGGAUGCCAACAAUAUAUUCUCCCUUUUUUGUUCACAGCAACAGUCGAAUAGCCUUCAGCUACAGUCACAGCCGUCCGAAUCUCCACCGAGUAACGACGAAUCCAGUAAAGAUCAAGAGGAUGGUCAAGAAAAUGGUGGAAGUGGAGGGGCUUCAAUGUCAAGAUGCAGUAAUUGUAUGACAACGAAAACAACAGCUUGGAGGAGGGAUCAGUCAGGAAAAUUAGUCUGCAAUGCUUGUGGUUUAUAUUAUCGUCUUCAUAGGACGAAUCGUCCAGUGCACAUGCGCAAAGAUAUAAUUCAGCAACGAUUUCGGCGUCGUAUGAAAGACGAAGAAUUGUCGAGCUCGAAUGCACAUUCCAUGUUAUCUUCUCUAAUCUCAUUCGCACCUUCAUCCGCAACUGCUGCCACGUUCGCCUUCCUGGAUCAUCACAACUCACUUCAAGCAGCACACAACCAAACUGCACCACUUUAG